AUGACUUCCCAGGGCGGUGUUCUCCAGCCCACCACCCCAAAGCGCCAGUCCAAGAUGGCUUCGACUCAGUCUCUGAACCAUCUCCUCAAUUUCACCCUUCCUCCCAGGCAGUCUCACCAGGCUCAGAGUCUGCCUAGGCGGAACAGGAAGACUGGAACGCAUCAGGGUGUCUGGAAUAAGGAGAGGUUCGUCAACGCCCAGUACCGCUUUGUUAUGAACCCCCAUGGAGACUACACCGUCCAUUUCGCGGAUCCGGACAUUUUCUUCCAGUGGCAUGAUAUUCUUCAAGUAAUAAUUCCGCGAACUUCUGCGAUGGCGUCUGCUGCAGGUCCAGGAGACCAGACUGUUCAAGAGGAGGGCGUCACGACCUGUCCCAUCUGUCUCUCACCACCGACCGCCCCUCGAAUGACCAAAUGCGGUCAUGUUUUCUGCUUCCCGUGUAUUCUGCAUUACCUCAACACUUCAGACAACCCGAAGUGGGUUCGCUGUCCGAUUUGCUUCGAUUCAGUGAACGAGAGACAGCUCAAGAGUGUCAAGUGGUUUGAUACUCCACUCGUGGAAGACACGGAGGAGCCUCCAGCGGAAGCUUCAUCUUCAGCUUCUGCGAUGGAUAACGGCCUUAUUGCCACGCCUCACCCUGGUUCUUCUCUCCGCAUGCGGCUUAUCCAGCGACCUCAGAUCACCACGCUAGCAUUACCUCGCUCGCAAACAUGGCCAUCUGAUCUGCUUCCUCCGCAUCAGGCUCCAUUUCAUUUCUUACCUGACGUCCUCACUUUUGCGAAGUUCAUGCUUGCUACUCCAGCUUACCUCAUUGCAGAUCUCACCAAGGAUCUGGACGAGCUUGGGACUGAGAGGCGAAUGCUCCUCAGCAUGGGUGACGAUCUUAGCGUCAGCUUCGUAGAUGCCGCAGAGGCGAAGUUGCGGCAGCAGAUCGAGAAGGCGGCUGCUCUAGAGACACCGCAAUUACAGGAAUCCGUUGAGAAUGCCUUGCAAGUCCAACAGCAGAUCCUGGAUCGCCAUUCCCUGCAUGACCAGCGCAAGAGAGAAGCGGAGUCUCGUGCCCGACCACCGGAAGAUAUUCCUCAAGAUUUCCUGGCUACCCAAGCUGUUGGUUUCAACACCGCGAAGGCUUCCCCCUCUCCUGCACCACCGUCUACACCUGCUCCACGCGCAUCCACACCUACCCGCAACCCCAGACAGCGCCGGAAUCUGAACCCGCCGCCGCCGUCUACAUCCACUUACUACUAUUACCAGGCAGCAACAGGCAUGCCGAUCUUCCUGCACCCGCUCGAUAUCCGGAUCCUCUUAUCGCACUUCCACAGCUACGCAGAUUUUCCAGAUACCAUCACCGUGCGCGUCGAGUCUUACGCGGAGAGCACGGUGAAUGAGGAUCUGCGCAAGCGGUGCAAGUACCUCGCGCACUUCUCCGAAGGUGCAGACGUCGUGUUCGUAGAAGCUGAUCUGGAGGCUGUGGUCGGCGCGGACUGCCUCAAGAACUUCGAGGGCCCGCUCCGCAUGCGGCGGACACGCCGCAAGGAGAAGGGGCGCAAGGACGACAAGGCGCGUGCGCGUGCUGAAGAGCGCGAGAAGGAGAAGCUCGCGUAUGUGUGGCAGGACGCUGGCCAUGUGGUGGUCCCGCCUGCCGCGCAGAGACCGCGCUCCCCUGCGGACAUAGACGAUAUCACGCAGCCUGAUGUCGAGGAGCAGUCGCAGCCAGCUGGAGCGUGGGGCGUUCGGAGUUUCGCCUCCGCUGCUCACGCGGCGGCGCAAGGCCAACCUGCUCCGCGUCCUCUGCGGCGCGACAGGGAAGGAGAGGCAGAUGAAUGGGAGCUGGAUGUGGCAUUCCAUGAGCUGGAGCAGAGGAGUGGUAGAGGCGGGGGGAAGAAGAGGAGCGACAAGCUGGUUGUCCUCGGCGGCGGCAGCGGCGGAAGGCGACGUUGA